AUGGAGCCCGGCAAUUAUGCCACUUUGGACGGGGCCAAGGAUAUGGAAGGCUUGCUGGGAGCGGGAGGGGGUCGGAAUCUAGUUGCCCACUCCCCACUGACCAGCCACCCAGCGGCGCCUUCGCUUAUGCCUGCUGUCAACUAUGCCCCGCUGGAUUUGCCAGGCUCUGCAGAGCCACCGAAGCAGUGCCACCCUUGUCCUGGGGUGCCUCAGGGGGCGUCCCCAGCUCCUGUGCCUUAUGGCUACUUUGGAGGCGGGUACUACUCCUGCCGAGUGUCCCGGAGCUCGCUGAAACCCUGUGCCCAGGCUGCCACCCUGGCCGCCUACCCUGCGGAGACUCCUGCAGCAGGGGAGGAGUACCCCAGCCGCCCCACCGAGUUUGCCUUCUAUCCCGGAUACCCGGGACCCUACCAGCCUAUGGCCAGUUACCUGGAUGUGUCGGUGGUGCAGACCCUGGGCGCCCCUGGGGAGCCUCGCCAUGACUCCCUGCUGCCUGUGGACGGUUACCAGCCUUGGGCCCUCACCGGUGGCUGGAACAGCCAGAUGUGUUGCCAGGGAGAACAAAACCCACCUGGUCCCUUUUGGAAGGCGACAUUUGCAGAUUCAAGCACGCAGCAUCCUCCUGAUGGCUGCUCCUUCCGCCGAGGCCGCAAGAAACGUAUUCCCUAUAGCAAGGGGCAGUUGCGGGAGCUGGAACGGGAAUAUGCAGCUAACAAGUUCAUCACUAAGGAUAAGAGGCGCAAGAUUUCUGCGGCCACCAGCCUCUCAGAGCGCCAGAUUACCAUCUGGUUUCAGAACCGUAGGGUCAAAGAGAAGAAAGUUCUUGCCAAGGUCAAGACCAGCGCUACAGCUACACCCCUGUCCCAGGCACACACAGCGGUUAGAGAAGCAGUGUCCUACCGUACCCACACCGGAAUAGCCCGGCAGGAGAGGAACCCAGAAAAGGGCCCUUUCACCACCCGUUUUCUUCCAUUUGCCUCCGUACCUGAGGAGCUUGAAGUCCUCAGGCCUGGAAGAUGCGGCAGGCCCUUUUGCCGGCCAAAGAACGGGGACUGGCGGAAGCCCUCAGACCCACGCCUACAUUGGGAACCCCAGGUGUCCGAUGAGACGGUGGCCGCAGAUGUGUCCUUUUCUCGUUGCGCUGGCUCCUGGGCAGACUGGCAGCGCCUGGGCGGAAAGCGGCAGAGUGUUUCGCAGUACCCGGGACUGCGCCGCCAGCCCGGCAGGGAGAGGUUGCAGGAUGGAGUGGCCAGAGGCAGAGGCGGUGAUCCCGAGGCGGUCCCCGCUGUGUACUGGAGACGCCGCUCCCUCCCGGCUGCCGCCGCCUUGCGGGCCUGGCCUGCUGGUCCCUGCGGCAGGGGACCCACGGAGCUCCCGGUCUCCCUCUCAGGAUCUGGAUACUUCACCUGCGCGAACCGGGCGCCUCCCGGCCUCCACGGCGCAGAAAUCCUGGCCUGGGGAGCCUCGGGGCCCAGACACCGGCGCGUCUUUCCCGGGGGCCGGCUGCUGCGGAGGCUGCGGGAGCGGCCUGCGAGACGGUAUUUCUUUCUUUAUAAAGAAUUCGUUAUUCCGGAGCAGGGAGGGUCAAAGCCCGGAUCUCGGGAGGUCUUUUCCUGGCUCCAUACUAUCCAGUCCAAGGGGUCUGGGCGCUAG